GGAUUUGUAUUCUGUAGGUGGAGCGGCAUAAAUUUUUGUGCCAGUCCGUGCAACGCUACGUCCGUUGGGGUGCUAUAAAUCAGGAAAGGCGGGCUGAUAAGCGGUGGUGAGUACUAACAGCAAAUCUUGUCCCUGGAAGAAUAAAACAUGGCGGCUGCGACUGCUGUCAAGUCGUUUUUCGAGCUCUCAGCAAAGGCGCUGUCUGGAGAGAUGGUGAGCUUCAGCCGGUACCAGGGGAAGGUGGUUCUGGUGGAGAACGUGGCGUCGCUCUGAGGCACGACGGUGCGGGAUUUCACCCAGUUGAACGAGCUGGCCGCCAUGUUUGGGGACAAGCUAGCUAUCCUGGGGUUUCCCUGCAACCAGUUCGGGCAUCAGGAAAAUGCCACCAAUGAGGAGAUCCUGAAUUCCCUAAAGUACGUCCGACCUGGGAACGGUUACGAGCCCAAGUUCGACAUGUUCUCGAAGGUCCAGGUCAACGGGUCCGACGCCCACCCUGUCUUCGCCUACCUACGAGAGAAGCUGCCCAUCCCUGCUGACUCCGAGAAUGCGUUCCUGAUCAUGAAUGAUCCGAAGUGCGUCAUCUGGAGUCCGGUCACGCGUACAGACAUCGCCUGGAAUUUCGAGAAGUUCCUGAUUGGUCCAGACGGGCAGCCAAUCAAGCGAUUCAGCCGCUACUUCCAGACCAUCGACAUCAAGAAUGAUAUAGAAGCGCUGCUGAAGUAGGCUGGCCAAUAGGAAGGCUCCUACCAGAUUUGCUUUGGAAGGCAGUUAUCUUGUUUAGCAACUUUGUACCUGGGCUUGAUUUGCAUAUCUAGAAUAUUGCAGAUUUACAUACAACAACUGUGUAAAACACAGCAAUCACUAUUUGUACUUGAGCAUUUGUACUUGAUUGAUUAUUGGCAACAAUUUUUGGCAGCCUAAACAUAGUUUGUCAGUUUCAUUUCAAAACUGCAGUAAGACAUAAAUCAUGUUUCACAUUUUACUGUGCAGUGAAGACCAAUUUACUUGCAGUAUGGUUCUUGCAGAGAAACUGAUUAGGUUUAAUUUAUACAUUGUAUAGAUUUUCAGGUUUUAUAAACAUAGCUCUAGACAUUCCAUAGAUUACAAGGGCCCAGUUGAACAUGGCCUAGUUGCCACUCUUGUUCCAUGAUUAUAUAGCAAAUGUACAAGCUCUGUAUAGGGAUUAUAAGGAGGUACAGCACACAUGAAGUGAUUUUUGUAUGCAUCAACAGGAAUAGUGUUUUGAGGUACAAGACAUUGAUACAAUGUUGCAAAACAAGUGGAACAUCUUUGCCAGCGUUGUAGCAGUGCCAACCCAUUACGCUCAUGAAGGUUCAGCCUUAAAGCGAAUGCUGGCUGAGCUGGAACCAUUUCUGUAACGGGUCGGAUUUACUCUACUGCACUGUCAAAGAUGGCUACCCUCCAUUGUCAUUAUAAACUAUAUUCUGUACUUGUGUGUUCAUUUAUGGUUGGUUUUGGUAUAGGAAAGAGUAGUGCUAUCUGUUUGUGACCACAUUUACUUAUCUCUGAAGCUAAACUCUAGGAAAAACACAGCACUUUUCCAAUGACUGGAAAUUGAAAUAGUGUAACUUAAGACAAUCCUAACAAAAAAAGCAAUAAUGUGAAGUUCAGAAACGUCAAGAGUACUUUUUGAUAUUACUCUUAAAACUCUUUUAUCACCCAGGAUUAUGGAGAAGUGGAGCUGAUCCAUAGAUACAAUCUUUUUGUGAUUUUCAGAGAAGAAGAGUUAAACUUGUACUAACAGAACUUCACCUUCCAAUAUUAAAGCCUUUUUGUCACUACAACAUAUUUUUCAGACAGAAUAAAUGACACAAGUCACUUUG